AAAAUACACAGAGCCCGAGGCAGCUAAAGAGAACAGUACAUUUACUUCUUUUGGCUUUUCAUUGAACCUUGAUGCAACCGUUUGAUACAAAAUGUCGAGAAAUUAGGGCAUCGAAUUACUGUUGAGCAUCUUAACUAAAAUGCCGUCCAACAGGAAGUAUCGUCGAGAUCACAGUGAAGUUAGUUGUUGUUUAAAGUAUCUCAUUUUUGGAUUCAAUGUCAUCUUUUGGCUUACUGGACUUGGAAUUAUGGCUGUGGGCAUCUGGGCCUGGACGGAAAAAGAUACAUUCAGCAACCUUCAAAGACUUACGAAUGUUGCUUUAGAUCCAGCUUUCAUUCUCAUCGUAGCAGGAGCAGUCACUUUCAUUAUUGGAUUCACAGGCUGUGUGGGGGCACUCAGAGAAAACACUGUUCUUCUCUCUGCAUAUGCAAUCUUCCUUGCAAUUCUAUUGUUACUCGAAAUGACCGCAGGAAUCCUAGGUUUUAUAUUUAAAGAUUGGAUCAAACAACAAGCCACAGGAGGAUUUCAAGCAUUUAUUGUACAUUAUCGGGAUGACCCUGAUCAACAGAAUUUGAUUGAUUGGAUACAAGAAGGAUGGCUGCAAUGCUGUGGCAUUGAAGGACCCAAGGAUUGGGAUAGAAACAUUUAUUUCAACUGCUCAUCUGCCGAAGUAGGAAGCAGAGAAGCUUGUGGAGUUCCUUUCAGUUGUUGCAAACCUCAACCCAAUGAGAUUAUUAAAAACAAGCAGUGUGGAUACGACGUCAGGAAACCGGAUUAUCCAGGCGAUCGGAGUACGGUUGUAUACGAGCGGGGCUGUUUGAGGGCAGGGGAAGAAUGGGUCGAGUUUAACCUCAUUCCAGUCGCAGGAGCAGCAGUUGGUAUCGCCAUUUUACAGAACUAUGACGUGGCGAAAAUCAUCAACGAUAAAGGCUGCUUACCUGCAGGAGAAGAAUGGCUUGAAAGAAAUCUCCUAAUAGUGGCUGGCGUGGCUGUCGGCGUAGCUUUUCUCCAGAUACUCGGCAUUUGCUUUGCCCAAAACUUGCGAGCUGACAUUUUCGCUCAAAAGUCCAAAUGGGGUCGUUAGUGAGAAGAAGAAAUCUUCGCAAUCCCGCUAGCGAAUUACCUACGUCCAAUUUCAUCCUCAUCUGGUGUGUUUCAACUUUUGUAACUCUAUUUCUUCUACCUAUGUGACCGAUCUGCACGUCCAUAAGUGGAUUCGUUGACUCGUUAUGAAUUUUCUCUUUGGUUAUAAUAUUUCGAAAGAUACUUAAACUAUUAAUUCUUCCACGCACACUUGUAGCAACAACAUUAUCGAAAUUAUUCGAACAAAUAUUUGUACAGAAUAACGAAUUGAACAAAGCCGCUUUGCAGUAUUCAGACAGCGUCCAAAUUGAAUGCGCCACUUAUAAUAAGUUGACGACCAGUUUAUUGUGGCAUCAAAAUGAGCAACUAAUAUUCACUAGAUACAUUUGAAUUGCAGUUCAGGGCUAACUUUCGUUAUCUUCUCAAGCCUGUAUAUCUCAUCUUUUAUUAUUCCUUUAUUAACUCGUGGGUCUUGAAUGUCACCGGGAUGUUUUCUAUGUCUUAACAAACAUAACACGCAAAAUCUUCGUAUUCAAAUUCUUUUCCAAAAUUGCUUUCGCUUUAGAAGAAAUUUUGUCUUGGUUGUCUUGGGACUGAUUGAAUUUUCAAGUGAUCUGACCGUUUUUAUAGCCUCAACAAUUCAAUACAUUGUUUUCUUUA